CGCUUUUUUUUCUUUCUCCUCGCGUGGCUGCUAUCGGAAGAGUGAUGCGAAUACAAUGCGAUUCCAGGAAUCCCUCGCUUCCUGGAACAGAUUAAAAGGGGCAAACAAAAGAUUACUUAGCGGGUUUUUUUUCUCGCCGAGCCCCAGUACUUGUGCAGCCCGAGCCGAGACGCGCGUCUCUCCCCAGCGCUCGCGGGGACCGUAUUUAUUCCUUCACGUCUAUUUAUUAUUGACGCCGAGCGCCCCGAACGCUUCUUUUUGAGGGCGCCCCGCGGGAGGAUCGGACCGCGCCGCACCGCUCCGCCGCCGCCUCCGGAGUGCGGGACGGGGCACAGCGCGGCCGGGCACAGCGGGGAGGACGGGCGCUGCCCCUGCCGAGGCCCUGAUGCUAUUCCCCUGGCCCGGGAGUGACAUGAUCCUCUGCGUCCCGGGACCUCACCCCUUGCUGGCAGAGGAGAAGAUCCAAAGGCUGUCGCUGCGCGGCAUCGCGGAGGAUCUGACGGAGCACAUCAUGCAGCCCCUCCCGGUUCCAGCCUUCCCAGAGGAGCCUGCGCCCACCUUCGCGGCACCGGAGCCAGACGGCAGCACACCGCAGACGCGGGACCCCGAGGAGGACCUCCUCUGCAUCGCAAAGACCUUCUCCUAUCUGCGGGAGUCCGGUUGGUACUGGGGCUCCAUCACAGCCAGCGAGGCCAAGCAGCACCUGCAGAAGAUGCCCGAGGGCACCUUUCUGGUGCGGGACAGCACGCACCCCAGCUACCUGUUCACGCUCUCGGUCAAGACCAACCGCGGUCCCACCAACGUGCGCAUCGAGUACACUGACAGCAAGUUCCGCCUGGACUCCAACUACUUGUCCAAGCCCCGCAUCUUGGCCUUCCCGGACGUGGUCAGCCUCAUCCAGCACUACGUCACGUCCUGCACGACAGAAAGCAAGAGUGAGGCGCCGUACCCACCGCCGGCCCCGCUGCCCCCCGUGCAGAAGGAGGUGGCGGUAGCGGCUGUGCACCUGAAGCUCCUCCGGCCGCUGGGCCGCCGGGACAGCAUCCCCAGCCUGCAGCACCUCUGCCGGCUGCGCAUCAACCGCUGCACCACCGAGGUGGAGCGGCUGCCACUGCCCCGGCGGAUGAGGGACUACCUGAAGCAAUACCCCUUCCAGCUCUGAGGCACGGCCGCCGCCUCUCGGGCACGAUGGGUGGGAGCAGGGCGAGAGGACUUGGCGUGUCCUUGUCCCACUGGCCCCAGGUGGGAACUGCACGGCUCUGACUGUCUGCAUGGACUGUACCGCCCUCCUCCCCCCAUCUCUCCACAUCCAUUCCAGCAGGGAGGAGCUGGCUGUCCCAACACCGGGGCACCACCUGAGCGCUGAUCCUCAGGCCGAACCAAUGGCGGCCGUGAGAAAGUGCUGUAGGCAUGUGCACACUACUUGAAUUCAGAGUUGCUGUGACACAGAUGUUCACCUUGUUAUUUUUGCUAUUUAUUUCAUGGCAGUUUCUCUCUUCAUGAUAUUUUAAAUGCACCUUUUACUUUAUUGUUUCUUUUUUUUUGUUUUGUUUUGGUUUUGUUUCUUUUUGAGGUAGAACUAAAGGCUCCCAGCCAACUGGCGGCCAAAAACCUGUGGGAAUUUGGAUGUUGAUCUGCACCCACAUGGUGCCUGUCUGAGCCCGUGCCUGCACAGGUCCCUGCCAUCCACAUCCAAACUCCUGCAGACUCCUGGGCUGCGGUGCUCAGCUGGCUGCACCCAGACCCAGUGCUGCAGGUAAGGAGGAUUUUCUCUCCCGGCUGCAGGGGCUGAGUGCUGUAACCUCAGAGCACAUUGGGGCAGCUUGCGCCCACCCCAGAGACGCACGCUGUGCCCUGGGGGUACUGCUGGAGCAAGCCCUUCUUCCUCAAGAAUUCCGAGCAGAGCUUCUGGAUACUGAGCUUUUGCUAGGGAGUACUCAUCCCAUCCUGCCACCCUCUGCAUCUCAGAAGGACAUUAGUGACAAAACCAGUAACCACAAAGCCAGCUCUCCCACCUGACGGCGGAGGCGCUUGCUGGCAGGGCAGCUGGCGCGGGGUGGUGGUGUUGUGAGCCCCAUUCCGAACAAUGCCUCCCUGACCAGGUCUGGGGACAGCCCUGCUGAGCUGCGCCAGGGCCGCACGGCUUCAGGCUAUUUAUUUAUUUAUUGGGGGGGUAACAAGUGACACGCAGCUCAGCAGGAAGAGCCGUCCUUCCGCCCUGCUCUGCCACUGCUAGCGCCAUUCCCGAGCCCUGUGGCUCCCAUCAGAGCCGUGUUCUAGCGCGCGCUGGAAACCACGUUUAACUUCUUUCUCUGUCAAGGUCCAGACCUCUCUUCCCCCUUUUUCAGACUUGCAUGUUUGCUAUCUUUAAAUAGACGUUCUGCUCUGGGUUUACUUCUUGGAGCCCAUCCCUUUCAUGCCCCUUUGAAUGAGGCACAGCGGCUUUCUGCAGCUCUUUGCGAGGAGGCUUAGGGCAGCUGGGCUCUGCCCUCAGAUGAGACGGAGCCCCUUCUCCUUCAUUCCACAAUCCCAUUUCUUCCCAGCCUGUAAGAGCCACAUCAAGCUCGAGGCUUUAUACACAGGACUAGAGAAAUUGUUGCUUCUUUUGCUCCUAUAAGACUCUAUAAUUUUGUCAAACUUGAAGCAAUGUUAAGGGUUCCUCGCUCAUCCCUCCCUGGACCUCUCUGAGGCUCUGUGAAUUAUUAGAGACAAAUGCCAACCAUCUCUGAGAACUGAAAGGGGAGGUGAGAAAGGAUGGGACAGUGACCCAGGAGACAAGCUCAAAAAACAGGCGGAGUUUUUUCCACCCUACGUGAAAGUUGCCCAAAGGGCCAAGAUGCCCCAGUGUGCUCAGUCUGUGUCCUUUUUUUUUUUUUCCUCCCCACAUUUAUACAGGUUUGUGCUCUUGCAAGCUUUGUUUUUGAUACUUCAAUGAUUGGCAGUGUGUGAUGUCAGGUUGGCUUUUUAUUGUACCCUUCCACUUCGCCCCAUAUGGCAGCAUCCAUGGGGAGGCACUGAAUGAGAACUUAAAAGGCAAAACAAAAACAUUUUUUUUUAAAUAACAUAAAACAUAAAACCACUGUCAAGGCUUCCUUUUAUCCAAACACCUCUCUGCCUGAGGACACUGGGAACAAGGAAACCACAGCUCUGCCAGGAGCAGCAGUGAUCUCAGGAAGCCCACAUGGCUUAGCCACAGCCUACAUCUAUACAGCACACAUUACAAAGAAUGGGCAAGUCAUUCAGCUCUCCAAAACCUCCUACCUACUCGAUCUUUCCUCUGCUGGGGUAAUGGGGAAACCAAGCUCAAAGGUUUGACCUCAUUGCCCAGGAGAGUGCAGCUGAGUGGGUAGAAGUGUGUAAGGAGAAGGAAGGGCUGGUUAACCGCCAGCAGGUGCUGAGCUGGGGGUUGUAAGCUCAUCUGGGCAGGGACCACCUCCGUUGUCUGUACCACAUCUAGCACAAUAGGGUUCUCUAGGUGCUACUUCAAUACAAGGAAUAAACAAUACAGUUACUCCAAAAGUCAGUUUCUUCUAUCUUGAACAGUUUGUUUAAAUUCACUUGACUUGGAUUUUCAAUAAACGUUUUAAAUAUAUUUUAAAGCCA